UAGGUCAGGUUAGGUUAGAAUUUAUUAUGUUCAUGCAAUGUGCAAUGCGAUCUAACUCGGACGAUUAAUAAAAUAAAUACACGAGGUGUAAUAAAAAUAUUUGAAAACAUCUAAUUUAUGUAUGUGAUCGUUUUUUCAUAGUUCUCUGUAAACAAAGUUUCCAAAAAUGUUAUUAAAGUGCGCAAGCUCGAUAUUUACUUCUGGGAAAUUUAUGCAGAACAAACUAUCAUUGCUUGGUGCUAUUAAUUAUCCUAAUGAUUUUACUCAAGUAAGAUAUAUACGUAAACACUGGAAUCCAAAAUGGAAAAAACUAAGAAGAGAAAAAGUUAUUAAAAUAAAACUUCCAUCAUUUACUAAAGAAAAAGAUCAUUCUGAAUUGAGUAAAGAGCAAAUACGCUCUCGUAUGAAGGAGUCUGGUUUUAUUCCACAAAAAGCUUGGCAGGAAAGACCAUCAUUUAUCAGCUCUACCCCUACUAUUUUUGAAAGUUAUGUUGCUCCUGAAGGAGAUGGAAAAUAUUCUGCUAUCACUAAAGAGGGAGCAAAACAAAAAUUUACAUUUUUGGAAAAAAAGGGCAAAUCUGUAAUGGCCAUUAGGAAAAUUAAAUCAUUUGAUGACACAUUUAAGACAUCUUAUUUUAUUGAAGAAGCUACAGAAAUUUAUCAAAAGGCACAUCAAGCUUUAGCUGUGAAAAACAAAGAAGAGUUAAUAAAAUAUGUUACAGAAACAGCAUAUCCUAAAAUGAUAUACAAUUUAAUGAGUAAAACUAUACACUGGAAGUUUUUAGAAUCUUUGGAACCAGCUCGUGUUGUGCAUGCAAGGACUACAGAUGUAAUAACAAAAGAGAAUGUUUUUGCGCAACUUACUGUCCGAUUCCACACACAACAGAUAUUAGCUAUUUACGACAGGUUUGGUCGCUUAAUACAAGGAAGCGAAAUUCUAAAGAAAGAUGUAUUAGAAUAUAUAGUAUUUGAAAAACAUUUAGCUAAUGAAUACGGCGUUUGGCGAAUUCAUGGCAAAAUUAUACCAUCUUGGAUGACUUCAACAGACAUUGCAGAAGGUACAUAUGUUCUGCCAAAAGAAAAACAUGAUCCUGAACCUACUGAGCCUCAUCCUGUGGAAGCUACAUUAGUAGAAGAUACGCCAAAAGAUGCGACAAAGAAUGUGACAAAUGUACAAUCUUCGUGAAUUCACAAGUUAUGAUAUAUAAGUAAUAAUCUAUUGUAUAUUGAUUAUAAAAUAAAAAAUAUAUUGCAUUUUAUGCAAUAAUACAAAACACAUUUGUGUUCCAACAAAAUUCAAUAAUAGUAUUUUCACAAAAGUA